GCCCUUUCCGUGGCGGAGAAGAUGCAAGCGCAGGACGUGCUGCGGGGCCUGCGGCUCCCCGAGCUCGACGAGCUGGGCCAGCUCCUGCGCGGGCUGCCGGCCACGGCGCUCGUGGGGCUGGGCGCCUUCGCCGCCGUGCUCGCCUACUGGUUCGCGUGCCGGCCCAGGGCCGUGCAGCCGCCCUGCGACCUCUCCAGGCAGUCGGCGGAGGUGGAGGACUCGGGCGGCGCACGGAGGUCCGUGAUAGGCGACAGCGACCAGCUGCUCACGCACUACUACGACGACGCCAGGACCAUGUACGAGGUCUUCAGAAGAGGGUUUAACAUCUCUGAGAACGGCCCCUGCCUGGGAUUCAGGAAACCCAAGCAGCCCUACCAGUGGUUGUCCUACAAAGAGGUCUGUGAACGAGCCGAAGCCUUGGGUUCAGGCUUGCUUCAGCAGGGAUGCAAACCGUCCCCAGAGCAGUUUAUCGGGGUCUUUGCUCAAAACCGCCCUGAGUGGAUCAUUUCCGAGCUGGCUUGCUACACUUACUCCAUGGUGGUGGUUCCCCUGUACGACACCUUGGGGCCUGGAGCCAUCCGCUACAUCAUCAACACAGCGGACAUUUCCACGGUCAUCUGUGACAAGCCGGAAAAGGCGCGGGUUCUCCUGGACCACGUGGAGAGGCGGGAAACGCCGGGGCUCAGCAACAUCAUCCUGAUGGAGCCGUUGGAGAAGGAGCUGCAGGAGAGAGGGGUGCGCUGCGGCGUGCGCGUCCAGGCCAUGCGCCACGUGGAGGAGCGUGGCCGUGAGUGCCGGCACGUCCCUGUGCCUCCUCGGCCAGAAGAUCUGUCGAUCGUCUGUUUUACUAGUGGCACUACAGGCAACCCCAAGGGCGCCAUGCUGACCCACGGCAACGUGGUCGCGGACUUCUCGGGCUUCCUCAAGGUGACCGAGAAAGUGAUCUUUCCGAGACAGGACGAUGUGCUCAUCUCCUUCCUGCCUCUGGCUCAYAUGUUUGAGAGGGUGAUCCAGUCCGUCGUGUACUGCCACGGGGGCCGGAUCGGCUUCUUCCAAGGGGAUAUCCGUCUGCUGUCGGACGACAUGAAGGCGCUGCGCCCGACCAUCUUCCCCGUGGUGCCGCGGCUCCUCAACAGGAUGUACGACAAGAUCUUCAGCCAGGCGGACACGUCGCUGAAGCGCUGGAUGCUGGAAUUUGCUGCCAAGAGGAAAAAGGCCGAAGUUCGCCACGGCAUCGUCAGGAACGACAGCCUGUGGGACAAGCUGUUCUUCAAUAAGAUACAGGCGAGCCUGGGCGGCCGCGUGCGCAUGAUCGUGACGGGCGCUGCGCCCGCGUCGCCGGCGGUGCUGGGCUUCCUGCGCGCCGCGCUCGGCUGCCAGGUGUACGAGGGCUACGGGCAAACGGAAUGCACCGCCGGCUGCACCUUCACCACCCCCGGGGACUGGACAUCAGGUCACGUGGGAGCCCCUCUGCCCUGCAAUUUGAUCAGACUGACGGAUGUGGAGGAGCUGAAUUACUUUGCUUCCAAGGGAGAAGGAGAGAUAUGUGUGAAAGGACCAAACGUUUUCAAGGGUUAUCUAAAAGAUGAAGAGAAGACGACCGAAGCGCUGGACGAGGAAGGCUGGCUUCACACGGGAGACAUAGGGAAAUGGUUACCUAAUGGAACUCUUAAAAUUAUCGAUCGGAAAAAGCACAUAUUUAAACUCGCUCAGGGAGAAUAUAUUGCACCAGAGAAGAUUGAGAAUAUCUAUAUCCGCAGUGACCCCGUUGCCCAGAUAUACGUCCAUGGAGACAGCUUGCAGGCCUUUCUGGUGGGAAUUGUGGUACCCGAUUCAGAAGUUAUGCCAGGCUGGGCCAAGAAGAGAGGGUUUGAUGGAACCUAUGAGGAGCUCUGCAAAAACAAGGAACUGCAGCGAGCAAUAAUGGAAGAUAUGGUGCGGUUAGGUAAGGAGAGUGGACUUCACUCCUUUGAGCAGGUCAAAGCUAUUUACAUUCACUCCGAUAUGUUCUCAGUGCAGAACGGUUUGUUGACGCCUACGUUAAAGGCUAAGAGACCAGAGCUAAGGGAUUACUUCAAAGGGCAGAUCGAAGAGCUAUAUUCAAGCAUCUCCAUCUGAGGCGGUGGGAGGACUCCUGGGAAGAGCGGGUUUUGCAGCUGCGCUAGCAAAACGCUCGAAGGAACCGAGCCGGAGCAGCCCACCGAAAUGGAUAAGCACCUGAUUCUUACCUUUGAGCCUUUCAUCGCUCCAGGAUUUCACCACUAACCAUAAUUUCCAUUUUCCUCCUUUUUAUUUUUUUCAUCAAAUGUGGAUACAGUCUGUUUUUACUCUAUGUAUGCAGCAGGAGACUACUAAAAGUUACGUUCAAGACCCUCAAAAUACACAGAAAUUUCAGUUCUAUGACCAAGUAAAUGAUGGAAACUUACUAGUAACUACAAGCAUUUCUGAUUAAACAGAGAGAAGAAUUUUGGGGAUGUGUGCUGGUAUUUGACUGUAUAUAACUUAAUAGAUUAGGAACUAAAAUUGCUGAUAAUUCAAUAAUGUGGUCUACCUCAGACAAGCAGUGAUUCAUGGAGAAAGUCUGUUUUCCCUGAUCUGGARCUUUGAGAUGGAUUUUGGUUUAUACAUUAAGUUUUUAUAUGCUGCAGGAUAUAAAUUAUGUUUAUUUGAUUUAAUCAUUAAUGAGCUAACUAACAAUGAGAAGAGAAACAGGAGCAGAUCUCCUGGUAUUGGUACUUGAUAGGCCUCUUAGAAUACUGUACUUAAAAGAAAAGGCCAGAUUUAUAUCACCAUGGAACAACAAGCGCGUUAGGAAGCCGUAGGCUACGAUUCCCUCUAUUUCCUUUUGAUCCCAGCUCAGUUUAUACGUGGCUGCUGGUUUUUCAUUGCGGCCACACGUGGACAUCAGCACUACUCCCACUGGGACAGUUGCUAAAGCAGUGUCAGCUCCGKAGCAGCUUCCUCUGGGAAUGCAAGAAAAGGGAAGAAG